GCCUUGUACGUCCUUUUCAGCGUAGCACGACUUCAGGGACUAGCUGCUAAAAUGAGUAAGGUUUCCAGGGAUACGCUCUAUGAAGCUGUGAAGGAAGUCCUGCAGGGCUCUGUGUCCAAGCCGAGGAAGUUUGUGGAGACUGUGGAGCUGCAGAUCAGCCUUAAAAACUAUGAUCCCCAGAAGGACAAGCGUUUCUCCGGCACAGUCAGACUGAAGACUCUCCCCAGACCCAAGUUCUCCGUGUGCGUUCUGGGAGACCAGCAGCACUGCGACGAGGCCAAAGCUGCUGAUAUUCCCCACAUGGACAUCGAGGCUCUCAAGAAGCUCAACAAGAACAAGAAGCUGGUCAAGAAGCUUGCCAAGAAGUACGAYGCCUUCCUGGCUUCAGAGUCUCUGAUCAAGCAGAUCCCCCGUAUCCUGGGACCUGGACUGAAUAAGGCUGGCAAGUUUCCUUCCCUGCUGACCCACAACGAGAACAUGAACACCAAGGUGGAUGAGGUCAAAUCCACCAUCAAGUUCCAGAUGAAGAAGGUGCUCUGUCUGGCCGUGGCUGUCGGACACGUGAAAAUGACAGAGGAUGAACUGGUUUACAACAUUCACCUGGCUGUCAACUUCCUGGUGUCCCUGCUGAAGAAGAACUGGCAGAACGUGCGUGCUCUCUACAUCAAGAGCACCAUGGGCAAACCCCAGCGCCUUUAUUAAAUUUCUUUUUUUAUUAUUAAUAAAAGGGGAGAAGCUCAGAA